UGGACACACACACAGAGAGAGAGAGAGAGAGAGAGAGAGAGAGAGAGAGAGAGAGCUUAGCUAUUACCAUGGCUCCUAUUCUAUCUCUUCUUGUUCCUGUACUCUGUUUGGCUCUAACUAACCUGCUCGUGCCAUCGGAAGCUCGUGCAUUCUUCGUCUUCGGCGAUUCACUGGUCGACAAUGGCAACAACAACUUCUUGGUCACUUCAGCCAGGGCUGAUUCACCACCUUAUGGCAUCGACUACCCAACCCACAGGCCAACAGGCCGUUUCUCAAAUGGCCUUACCAUUCCUGACAUUAUAAGUGAGAAGAUGGGUGUAGAAUCACCAUUACCAUACCUGCACCCUUUUCUUCAUGGCGAGAGGCUACUUGGAGGUGCCAACUUUGCUUCGGCCGGAGUCGGCAUCCUCAAUGACACUGGGAUACAAUUCCUUAAUAUCAUAAGAAUCUGCAAGCAAUUGGAGUACUUUGAACAGUACCAACGAAGACUAACCGCCUUGAUAGGGCCAUAUCAAGCAAGAAGGCUGGUGAAUCAAGCGCUUGUACUCAUCACACUUGGUGGGAAUGAUUUUGUCAACAACUACUAUUUGGUGCCCUACUCUGCAAGGUCACGCCAAUUUGCUCUUCCGGACUAUGUUCGCUAUCUUAUUUUUGAGUACAGAAAAGUCCUAGUGAGACUGUAUGAGCUUGGGGCAAGGAGGGUGCUGGUAACAGGCACAGGGCCCAUGGGGUGUGUGCCUGGAGAGCUGGCAACAAGAAGAAGCAGGGACGGAAGCUGUGAUGUGGAGCUGCAGCGAGCUGCAAGCAUGUACAAUCCCCAGCUGGUGCUGUUGCUCAGGCAACUCAACCAACAACUUGGCUCGGAUGUUUUCAUCGCUGCCAAUGCCUUCGACAUGCACAUGGACUUCGUCUCCAACCCCAGAGCCUACGGGUUUGUGACCUCAAAGGUGGCAUGCUGUGGACAGGGGGCCUACAAUGGGGUAGGGCUAUGCACUCCAAUGUCCAACCUGUGCCCAAACAGGGACCUGUACGCCUUCUGGGACGCUUUCCAUCCGACAGAGAAAGCAUGCAGGAUCAUUGUCAGCCAGUUCAUGACAGGCUCCACCAAGUACAUGUACCCCAUGAACUUGAGCACACUUCUGCAACUGGACUGAGGGGACCUCCAUGGCUGGGAGCCCUCUGAUAUGUUAGGACCAUCUCCCAAAUAGUGAAGUUGGUGAUGCCAUUUUGUGUUGCUUGGCUGAUCUUUCUUGUCUGUGUGCUGGUGUCUCACGUGAAUUAGGGUUAGAUGGAGUUGAGUUGCAGUGUAUUUCCUGAGCACUAU